AUGACGCCUCAAUCGGGACAUAUACAAGUGAACGGCGCAACACUCUAUCAUGAGACCUGUGGCAAGCCCGAGAAUCCUCCUCUCCUUCUAGUCAGUGCCGGAAAUGGAACGUCAGUCUUCUUAGAGCCACUUGCUUCUGCUCUAUCACGCGACUUCUUUGUGAUGACCUUCGACCGUCGUGGAUUCUACCGCAGCAUGGUCGAGUCUAGCGAGUCACUCUCCGGUGAUAUCCUCACGAAAAACGCCGAAGACUGUGCCUGCAUUAUUGAAAAGCUGUCUUCAAAACGACCCGCUUUCGUUUUUGCUUCCUCGGGUAGUGCCACAAUUGCACUGGAGCUCCUUCGAAUCAAGCCGCACUUGAUCGUAAGAGCUGUUUUGCACGAGCCCAUCUUGACUGCCAUGCUUUCUCCAUCUGACCGCCUCGGACUUAUGGAACUACUGGAUAAGGCGACUCGAGUUUAUAAAAAAUCAGGAUCUACAGCUGCAAACCGUUUGUUGAUUCCUGCUUUAAGCAGUCCUGCGGAUAUCUCCUCGUUGAAAUCAGCUCCUGUUUUGAAACAACUCGCAGCAUUGCCACCCAAUCCAGUGGAUGUUUAUUUCGAAUAUGAGAUGGAAGCCAUAUCGCAUUACCCUUUUGAUUUGCAAGACCUUCUACCACCGAAAGAUCAGCUGUGCUUGGCAAGAGGGGAUGUGGCUUCAUCUACUUUGGCUAUAUCCCCCGUUGCUAGACUCUCUUCUGUGCUAAAUUGCAGCCUGGAAAUCUUCCCUGGUGGGCAUCAUGGGUAUGUCACUCAUGCUACAUCCUUUUGCGAGAAGUUGGUCCAUGUCUUAAAACAUACACGAGAAUGUCUGUAG